AUGCGUCUUGGGGGUAUGCGUUUACGAAUGCGUCUUGGGGGUAUGCGUUUACGCAUGCGUCUUGGGGGUAUGCGUUUACGAAUGCGUCUUGGGGGUAUGCGUUUACGAAUGCGUCUUGGGGGUAUGCGUUUACGAAUGCGUCUUGGGGGAGGGGGCGGCUCACUCGCCCGGAACUGUUUACAAGCGAUCAUAGUCACAAGUCACGGUUUACAGCAGACACCCUGCGUCGGCGUCGGCAGCGGAGGGAGGUGCGUCCACGAUAACGCAGAGUUGCCAGUCUCUGCCCCAAGACGACGCAGAGUUGCCAGUCUCUGCCCCCAAGACGACGCAGAGAUGCCAGUCUCAGCCCCAAGACGACGCAGAGUUGCGAGUCUCUGCCCCAAGACGACGCAGAGUUGCCAGUCUCUGCCCCAAGACGACGCAGAGUUGCCAGUCUCUGCCCCAAGACGACGCAGAGUUGCCAGUCUCUGCCCCCAAGACGACGCAGAGUUGCCAGUCUCUGCCCCCAAGACGACGCAGAGUUGCCAGUCUCUGCCCCCAAGACGACGCCGAGUUGCCAGUCUCUGCCCCCAAGACGACGCAGAGUUGCCAGUCUCAGCCCCAAGACGACGCAGAGUUGCCAGUCUCAGCCCCAAGACGACGCAGAGUUGCCAGUCUCUGCCCCAAGACGACGCAGAGUUGCCAGUCUCAGCCCCAAGACGACGCAGAGUUGCCAGUCUCUGCCCCCAAGACGACGCAGAGUUGCCAGUCUCUGCCCCCAAGACAGAGACGACGCAGAGUUGCCAGUCUCAGCCCCAAGACGACGCAGAGUUGCUAGUCUCAGCCCCAAGACGACGCAGAGUUGCCAGUCUCUGCCCCAAGACGACGCAGAGUUGCCAGUCUCAGCCCCAAGACGACGCAGAGUUGCCAGUCUCAGCCCCAAGACGACGCAGAGUUGCCAGUCUCUGCCCCAAGACGACGCAGAGUUGCCAGUCUCAGCCCCAAGACGACGCAGAGUUGCCAGUCUCUGCCCCAAGACGACGCAGAGUUGCCAGUCUCUGCCCCAAGACGACGCAGAGUUGCCAGUCUCAGCCCCAAGACGACGCAGAGUUGCCAGUCUCUGCCCCAAGACGACGCAGAGUUGCCAGUAUCUGCCCCAAGACGACGCAGAGUUGCCAGUCUCUGCCCCCAAGACGACGCAGAGUUGCCAGUCUCUGCCCCCAAGACGACGCAGAGUUGCCAGUCUCUGCCCCCAAGACGACGCAGAGUUGCCAGUCUCUGCCCCCAAGACGACGCAGAGUUGCCUGUCUCUGCCCCCAAGACGACGCAGAGUUGCCAGUCUCUGCCCCAAGACGACGCAGAGUUGCCAGUCUCAGCCCCAAGACGACGCAGAGUUGCCAGUCUCUGCCCCAAGACGACGCAGAGUUGCCAGUCUCUGCCCCAAGACGACGCAGAGUUGCCACUCCGCCAAGCAUCACGCGGCAACUCGUUAAGUAA